AGGGGCGGGGCGAGGCGCGGUGACAGUGGCCCGCGGCCGCACCCGCCUCUUAUCCGCGGGCCCGGGCACCGGCAGCACCUCCGGCACCGGCAGCACCUCCGGCACCUCCGGCACCUCCAGCAGCACCAGAUCUGCAUCAGAACUCCUGAGGUCCAUCAUGCUUUCCAAGCUGACCCGCUCCCAGCACCUCGCUGUUCUCUGCCGAGGUCUCCAUUCCUCACUGAGCUCUGCCACCUCAGUUGCUCCCAAAAAAACCAUCCAGAGGCCUCUCUCCUCGGAUUUAAUCUUUGAACGUGAGGCCAAAUAUGGUGCUCACAACUAUCACCCACUGCCUGUUGCUCUGGAAAGAGGAAAAGGUGUUUACGUGUGGGAUGUUGAAGGGAGGAAGUAUUUUGACUUUCUGAGUGCUUACAGUGCAGUCAACCAAGGCCACUGUCACCCAAAGAUUGUGGAUGCUCUGAAAUCCCAGUCUGAAAAACUGACCCUGACAUCCAGAGCAUUCUACAACGAUGUCCUUGGGGAAUAUGAGGAGAUGGUCACCAAAAUGUUCAAUUACAACAAGGUUCUUCCAAUGAACACAGGAGUGGAAGCUGGAGAAACUGCCUGUAAACUGGCUCGGAAAUGGGCCUACACUGUGAAAGGAAUUCCAAAAUACAAAGCUAAAAUCAUUUUUGCAGCUGGCAACUUCUGGGGCAGGACAAUGUCUGCCAUCUCCAGUUCUACUGACCCAUCCAGCUAUGAUGGCUUUGGACCCUUCAUGCCAGGAUUUGAACUGAUUCCAUACAAUGAUCUACCAGCUCUUGAGCGGGCCCUUCAAGACCCCAACGUGGCAGCUUUCAUGGUGGAGCCCAUUCAAGGGGAAGCAGGUGUGAUUGUUCCUGACAAAGGCUAUCUCACAGGAGUGAGGGACCUCUGCACAAAGCACAAUGUUCUGUUCAUUGCUGAUGAAAUACAGACUGGUUUAGCCAGAACAGGGAAAAUGCUGGCUGUUGACCAUGAAAAUGUGAGACCUGAUAUAAUUCUUCUUGGGAAGGCCCUUUCUGGUGGCUUAUACCCUGUCUCGGCAGUGCUGUGUGAUGAUGAAGUGAUGCUGACCAUUAAACCUGGUGAACAUGGAUCCACAUAUGGAGGAAAUCCAUUAGCUUGCCGUGUGGCAAUAGCAGCACUCGAGGUAAUUGAAGAAGAAAAUCUGGCAAAAAAUGCAGAAAUAAUGGGAAAUCUGCUAAGAAGUGAGCUCAUGAAGACUCCAUCUAAUAUUGUAACUGCUGUAAGAGGAAAAGGACUCUUAAAUGCAAUCGUAAUUCGGGAAACCAAAGACUACGAUGCCUGGAAGGUGUGUCUGCGGCUCCGCGACAACGGGCUCCUGGCCAAGCCCACGCACGGCGACAUCAUCCGCCUGGCCCCGCCCCUCGUCAUCAAGGAGGAUGAGAUCCGAGAGUGCAUCGAAAUCAUCCACAAGACCAUCCUGUCUUUCUGAAAGCACGGCUCUUACAGCCUGGCUGCUGACUGGUCCAAGGGGGUGUGCUGAAAUGUGUGUGAUGAAGGCCUGCUCUUGAAGCAAGCAUCUCUCAUUCCUUUUAUCUAAGAGGACUUGACUAUGAAAACAUAGCUGUGUCUUUAAAUUAUAAUGGCUCUGUAGAAAAUACAGAAUGAUUUUAAAGACUUUCCAGUCUUGAAAUACUUGGAAAUAAAGUUCUGUAUGUACUGAA